UCGCUGCCUUGCGCUGACCUCCCUCCAUAUCGCAUGGGUCUAAGCAGACCAAAGCCUCCCUCUCCCGAUCCGACGCCUCGUAAAUCCAAUCCCUAUCUCGCUCUGCAUCUUUCGCUCGAGAUCCGCCGCGACAAUCCCGCAUCUUCCCUCCGGGAUGACAGUGUUAUGAACAACGAAACAGAGUCCCCACGCCCCAUCUCCAAGCUCGAUGGCCACCCGAUCGAGGACGACGAUAUGGACGAGGAUGAUCAGCGAGACGACGAUAUCCGCGAGGACGAGGGCAUCAUCCGCUGUAUCUGCCGAAACACCGAGGAUGACGGCUACACGGUUCAAUGCGACAAUUGCCUCGUUUGGCAGCACGUCGCCUGCGUCUUUGAGCCGCCCAUCCCCGACUCGGAUCAUCUGCCCGAUACCUAUAUUUGUGAAAAGUGCGAUCCUCGAGGAUUCACCAAACAUCCCUCGGGCCUCGCGUGUGUUGCGAUCAGUCUCAUUUGAGUACCCACACCUUUGCUGUGGCCUGAUCGAUCGAGUGCAUCUGGCCCUCUGUGACCGAUCGAUCAUGGUCUUGGUUGC